AUGUUCAGGCCAACACAAGCCCUCGGGAAGAAAUUCCGCAAGUUGCGAUUGACGACGAAGGAUAUCAACAAGGGCUUCUACAAGGGAAACCGCACAGGAAACGUGGGGAAGCACGACAAAUGGGGUGGCUUCAUUGUGCAAUAUGAGAAAGUGAGGACGUACGCGGUGCCCGCAGGGCUGGACACAUUCAAGCUCACUCCUUUUGUGACCCAGAACGUAAGAGCAAAGUCGGGCAUGGAGAGCUACCGAGAAUACGGCAUGGACGGCCCGAGGAGUCCCAAGCUAUACCUGGACAGGUGGAAGGCCGAGAAUGGGCUGGACUGA